GGAUUCCGGGCGUUGCUGCACUGUCGUCGUAUUCCUAAUGUAACCUUCCUCCUGAUUGUGCUAUCCCCUCUUCUGCCUCCUACCUCGUCGCAAAGUCCAUCUGCCUGCACAUCUGGGCCUGCCCCUAAGAAGGGCCGUGUCCCUCUGCCCCAACAACCAUCUGAUUUAUUACUCACGACCGAGUGUUGUCGGAAGCCUGCUCCUAUCGUAUCCACAACAUCAACCCGCAACGCGAUGGAGCUAAAGCUCACAUCCUCUUCCAACGACGUCUUCGUCUAUCCUACAACGGCUCACGUAGAUCCUGCCUCGGCACCUGACCCAACUAGAGUCGUGGCUCAAUGCAUUUCUGUGUCCUCGACUAUCUCCUCCCUAGUGAUUCUCAAUAUCUCCUUGCGAGUCUCCGAGAAGCACAAGAGCAGCGAGAAGAUCAAAGAUCUGACUAUUGUCGUUGAGGCUGCAGAGACGCUGGCAUUCCCAAGCGGCUUCCUCGAGACCAAUGAGCCAUUCAGCUCCAGACAUGUCAUACAAGAGGCUGCAGGUCUGACGUUGCAGAGCGGAGCGACGUACUCAUGGGACUUGCCGCUCCUCAUCCCUUGCAACGCUGCUCCUUAUGAAAGAUGCCAUCAUGCCAAGAACUUUUGGAAGGCCUCGGCGAAGCUGAACAUUCAUGGUCGGCUGGUGAACAAGACGUACAAAGCGGAAAAGAACCUCUUUGUGGUGCAGGUUCCGACUGAGCAAUCUGCGCUAUCAUACGAGCAUACGCACAGCGGAUUCGCCGAAGGCCCAGGGCCCAUUCAACUGGCCUUCAUUUCUCGCUCAGCCUCUGUUGGAGGCUACCUGCGCGGAGCUCUCCUUUUGCCGUCUCCAUCCCCCGUCAUGAAGCUGCAAGCUAUCGUAAUGACACUUGUACAGACGACCAGUCUGAUCUCUCGGAAGAAGCCGGAUGGAUACUUCGAGACCUGCCAGCCUCAGCGAUUCGAAUUUGUCAAGAUCAGCGGCGAAGAGCUGGAGAAUGCUGUGACGCAUACCGGCGCCCUCUGUCGACCCAAGGCUGCCACUGGUGAUGAGAUCGAACUCGAAUGGAUUGCUCGACUUCCCUCGGAUGAUCUAGCUCGACCUACCACAUUGGACGGCAGCCACGCGGCCAUUAAGAUUUCGCACCAGAUCGAAUUCUCGAUCUUGUACGACGUCGACAAAGACAACCCAACAAGAGACGAGCGAGGUGACCUCAUGAGGAAACGGUACCGAAUCACAUGGCCGGUCAAGAUCCUUAGCUGCUCCUUGAGGUGGAGAAGCUUGGUGUUGCCAGAGUAUUCUGCUCAGGACUCAAAUCCAGUGCCCGUGAUGGACAGGAACGUCUGGCAUGCCCGGACGGAGCACGAGGCGCAAGAUCAUUGCAAUUGUGGCGACACCCUGGAGGCCGUCCUUCAAUACGAAGACGAAGCCGAGGCGUCUGGCACACAUACCUCGAAUCUCAUGCGAGAGCAGCUCCUGGAACAGCGUCCUGUGCGCUACCAUGCCGACUCGCGGUCGAGGUCUCGAGGUCCAAAUGCACAGAAUCGCCGUCAUGCGAGGAGCCAAGCUCGUUCUCGACUGCUGGACGGCUCCGGUACAGAGGAACACUCUCGCGCCAACUCGCCUUCCAUAUCGCGUCGCAACUCUCAAGAACGUAUGGGCAGGCUUGGACCCCCUUCUAGCUCACGGCAAGGCAGUCGCGCUGCUUCUAGAAGUCGAAGCAUGACGCCUCGUACUCCACGCUCUCGCUCCGUUGCACCCACUCCGGACAGAAUUAGUAUCGACUUCCAAAGGAUGACGCUGGAAGGGGAGGAUGGCAACGAAAUGAGCGGAGAGGGAGAGAGUGGAGACAGUGUGCUUGGGGAGGAGAGUGAUGGGUGGGACGAAGAGGACGAUGAAGAACUAAUGGACAAAUUGGAGAGGGAGAGACUCAAGCAACAACAGCUCUACCAUCCUUGAAGCAGAGCAAGGCGCGAAUCUUGCAUAGAGUCAGUCACCAAAAAAUCAUGUCACCUAUAUACCAGA